ACCUCAUCAACCCGAUCACCAACCCAUUGCCACUCUCACAAUGCGCCCAGCGAUUCGCCUGCUUGCUGCUGUGAGCAAGCGUCUCGAGCCCGGCAGUCCUACUGGUCUGGCUGGCCUCACCACGCACGGCGCUCCCCGCAGUGCUCUUAUUUUCCUGUACACCUCCACACUCCGCAAAUUGCAACAGAUACCCGAGCACAGCGUAUAUCGACAAGCUACCGAAGCCCUCACGAAGCAACGGCUGUCCAUCAUUGAAUCCGUGAAGCCGGCCGGUUACGACUCUUGGCUGGAGAAAGUUCAGUGGCAGAUCCACAACAGGGGCGAGUCAUACAGGAAGAAUUUCGGCUUGGAGAACGAGGGCGAAGCCGUUGGCGCGUUCGCGUACACCAGAUUUAAAGACCCGGAGAAUCUGAAACCAACUAGUGGUGACCAUGCAGGCGAGAUUCCCGAUGCAAUGAAAGAUGAGGUUCCGGACUCUAUUGUGGAGAUUGAACCGGAGCCACAAAUGACUCUUGAGCAAGUCCAAGAGAUUGAAGAGAAGAUCGGUGCAGGCUUGCUCGAGGAGGUCAUCCAGGUCGCAGAGGGCGAGAUGAGGUUGGUAGAUAAGAUGAUUGCGAGCAAGGUCUGGGAACCACUAGAAGAGCAAGCACCGGAGGGUCAGUGGUCGUAUUUUGAACGAGGCGCACAUUAGGAGAACUGUAUCGCGAUAAAGCUCAUGGGGCUUAUUGUCAAAGCAGUCCACCUAGCACCUAAGUGGACGUGAAGCAUCAAAAAGCCAUUAAGAUAAAGCAUAUCGGAUCGUUUUUCUAUCGGCAUAUGCUGACACACUUAGAUACUGGCGACCACGAGAUCAUGUACAUAUUACCCAAGUAAACAUCGUGUAAAACAUGGACCUCUUUCAAUUUCUUGAAUAUUUCAGCUGUAGAUCUUGACACUCUGCACCAUCAGCACGUCUCUCUGGCAUCACACUAGCUUUACGUGCAAAGGCCCUGGGUAGACGUUUAAUGGUUUGAAUCCAGUUACGAGCAUUUUACAGCACAUAGCAUUAGAGUUUCAUGUCGCUGGCUGUGACCAGAUUUGUGAUAAGAAUCUGCAGCCCACUCUCGUACCUCCAAACUUUUACGAAAUAAUUGCGGAUUGCCUUGUAAUCUACGUGGACAGGCAUUCAGACAUUGAUGGGAUUAGUAUGAAGCUCUCGUCAGCCCUUGUGACGAAGUCUCCAGAGUACGUUUUUACAUAUAGAACGAAACACAUGCAUGUGGGAACUUAGGAUUUGUGGAGGAAACGACGAGGCAUAUGCUGGCUCCCUUCUGAUGUCAAGGUCUCUUUCGUCUCA